UUCCUCAACUAAGUAACCAACUUAUAAUUUUUUAAAUGGAUGAUAUUUUCAUGUCAUCACUGAACUAUGCCACUCAACAACACUUAAAUAUAUCAUCAUCUUCUUCUUCUUCCGAAACAAGUUAUUCUACAAACCGUACAAGUAGUAAUGAAGAAGUUAUAUUAGCAUCAACACGACCAAAGAAACGAGCAGGGAGAAGAGUGUUCAAGGAGACAAGACAUCCUAUUUACAGAGGAGUAAGAGCAAGGGACAAUAACAAAUGGGUUUGUGAGAUGCGUGUUCCUAAUAAUAACAAAUCAAGGAUUUGGCUUGGAACAUAUCCAACACCUGAAAUGGCUGCACGUGCACAUGAUGUUGCUGCACUCACUCUUCGUGGGAAAUCAGCUUGUCUUAAUUUUGCUGACUCAGCAUGGCGGUUGAGGUUGCCGGAAACUACUGACGCGGUGGAGAUAAGAAGAGCGGCGAUGGAAGCUGCUCAGUUGUUUGUGGUUGAAGACAAACAAUGUGAACAACAGAGUGUUGGGGAAGAACAAGUUGUUCCGGUGGUGACGUCAGAAUAUGAUGAAGAAAUGAAUGAUUUGAUUUUGAGUAUUGCGAAUGAGCCAUUACGUUCUCCUCCUCCUUCUAUGACAGAUUAUUAUGGUGGUAACUGGCGUGAUGAUUAUAAUAUUGAUAUGUAUGACACUCAAGUUUCGUUGUGGAACUUCUCUACUUGACUCGCAUGCAUGCUACACCACUCUUCAGCUGAGUUUGAUACUGCGAGGUUUUGGAAUUUUUUAUUAAUUUACUCUUAGAUCAAGUAUUUGCAUUUAGAUUUGUUUUUUUUUUUUAGAAACAAAUUUGAUGUCAACAUUGUUCUUCAAUGGAUAGUAGUAAUUACUUAGAAAUUGUUGUAUUUUAGGAUUCAAUUGAAAUAAAAUAAAUAUAUAUGUCGUAAUUUUUU